UUGUGGUAUAAAUUGAGAUAAAUAAAGACUCGUUUUGUUGAGGAACUUGUCUUUCUGGUGAUAAAAAUCGUGAAAAACUUGAGGAAAUGUCAGAAUCUACGUCUCAAAGCCAAGAUAGAAAGAACAGUAGUUCUUUAGAAGGAGCUAGUUUUCCACCAAAAGGUUCAGAGUGUCAGGCCAUCUGCUAUUAUCAGGAUUAUGCCAAUCAGUUGGAGAAGUCUUGUAUCAGUACUUCUAGUGGAUCUUGCCAAGAAUCUCAAGCAUUGUCAUAUGGAAUGCAGCUGUCCUUACAGCAAACAGCUAGAUCAAGUUCACAGGUUCCUUUUGUGAGAUCACCUCGAUCAGAGUUUCUUCUAGAAUCUGAGUGUUCAGAGUCGAAUCCAAUAUCAGGAAUAUCAUUGCCUUACGAAUUAAAUGUUAUGAAGUAUGCCCAGAGUAGAGCCAAGGAAAUAGCAAGUCUUCUUGCUGAAGUGGAGAAGAAGUCGCCAAAACUUCCCAUGCAACAACUUCCUCGACACAUGCGCCGUAGAGCUGCAAGUCAUAAUGUUAAGAGACUACCUCGAAGAUUACGAGAUAGAGCAGCAAAAGAGAUCAAUAAAACCAAAUCUUCUAAACGUCCCAGUCGACGUUAUCGUCGUAGGCCAAGUAAUCUUUUAGCUGAAUAUACUCGUCGACAGCGGCAGCAUAUUUGGCUUGAAACGCACAUUUGGUUUGCCAAACGGUUUAAGAUGACAGAGAUAUGGGGAUAUAAGCUUCCACUGCAUCCCAAUGAUAAAAGUGUAAGGGCUGCCUACAGAGCAUCUGUUCAUCACGUUUUGCUUCAGGACCUCUCUUAUUAUGGAUGUAUUGAACUAGUGGGUAUAGAAGAAAAGCUGUUGCAGGGCCUUUCAAAGUUUACCAGUUUGGAAACAGGUUUAACCUUCGCUGCCAAGUUUUACCUAAAGGGAACUCGAGAAGGAUCUGUGAUGCUGUACCAUCCCAAUAGCUACCCUUAUAGGGCUAUAGGACCAGUGAAAUUUUUAUGGAAGGCAGAGAAUGAAGAGGCACAAAUGAAGCCACCUGGUGACCAUAUGAGACAGUUAUGGAUUUGGGUUCAUCCUUCUUGUUAUGAUGAGCUUGUAACAGAACUUGCAGCUGUAUUUGUAUUGGAGAAGAAAAGCCUUCUUCCUAUUAAAAAUUCUAGUUUGAAGGAUGAGCUCAGUGCAACUAGACAUGAAUUUGAUCAUUCUUUGCUGGUAGAAGAAGAUAAAGGAACAUUUGAACAAGCUAAACCUCAAGAUUUAAAGAAGAAUGGGGGAAAAAAAGUUCUGGAACAAAUUCAAGGUAGCUCGUAUGGAUCUCUCAAAAAGCCUGUUCUGAUGACUAAAGAAAACAAUUUAUCCAACCAAAUAGAAACACAGAAUAAAAGUAAAAUAAAAUCUAAAAUAUCUAGAACCAAAGAAAUAGAUGAAAAGAAAACCAAGGAUAAAAAUUGUGACUUUAGGCAAAGAUACUUUGAAAGAAUUCAAAUUUAUAACAACAAAGAUGUUACGAUGGUGAUACUAAAAGAUACACUAGUUCGUUUCCGUCUUACAGGGCCAUUGGCACAGGCAGUGAUUACAGAUGUACUUAAAGUUUCUGAUGUAAAGUCUGAUAAAAAUGUCGAAGUUGAUAAUCACCAAGAUAUUGCUAUGGAAACUGAUGAAGUUCAAAGUAUCAAAUGGUGGCAAAAGUAUUACUCGUAUGAAAGUGCUAAACUCUGUUUAGAGAAACAAAAGCAAAUUUGGGAGGAAAUGAAAGGAGCUCAGUCAUCAGGAGAAUUACCAAGAAACAUGGUCUUUGGACUAACUGUACAGGACCCAAGACUGGAUCUUCCUAAAACCAGAACCAAAAUUACGAAUGACCCUGAAGUGGCCUGGGAUGAAACGAGUACUGCUAUUGUGAGCUGGUCUCAAAACAUUUUCACUUCACUGUCUCCACUGUGGGAUCCUAAAAUUAGGGAUGAAGUUACAAGAACCAAGAUAUCUGAAAGUGAAAUCAACAGGUUGAGAUCCCGUCUACUAAUACCAGGUUCACGCCUAAACCUGGGACAAGAUGAGUCACGUAUACCUGUUUUGCUUAUUCAAAAUCCUGGAUGUGAAGAUCCAUCCCGCAGUAAUCUUGGAUAUGGAAGUGGUUGGGACUUGAUCCUUCCAGCUGGUUGGGCUCGACCAUUUUGGAUAGCAUUGAUCUAUCGAGGAGCAAGAGCUUCUGGGCUACGAGAACUAAAUAGUGUUUCAUUCGAAGCUGGAAUGCCUUGUUUUCCAUCCAAUUAUGCAGACACAAAAAGUGGCAAAGUGACUGCUGAAAAACUUAGAAAAGAGUUGACAAAGAAACAUUAUCGUUAUCCUCCAGAUAAGCGGCCAAGUUUCGAAAAACUGAGUGUUCAGUCUCCUUUUUUCAAUCCAUGGACAGAACUUGUUAAGGAAUGGCUUACAGAACUUGCCAAGCGACCAGAGAGUAAGACUAUGAAGCAAGGUGAAUGUCAAGCCUUAAGAAACCCAGUUUUUCCAUUGAAAAGAAAAAGAGAUGAACUGGAACAUUCUGAAUUUGAAUUAGACAAAUCCAUCACUGGAAAUGGGACAUCCAACACAAAACACAUGAUAGAUGGCACAGAUUAUCCUACAGUGGAUGACUUCAGUAACUGCAAGAGUGAAAUGUCUGACAAUUUUGAGUUAAAUUCUUUUUUUGUGCUGAGGGGGAAGCAAUAUCUACGUUUCUUGAAGGAAACUUGUGAUAUUCUCCUACAGUAUCAUCAUAAACCGAAACAAGAAAAAGCUAACAAGCUCCAAAAAUCGGGUAUUGUCCAGAGGCUGCAAAAUCAUUUGGAGAAAACACCAAUUUUAGCCAAGUCAAUUGUGUGGGUGAAAGUUUCUCUAAUAGGAAGGGGAACACCAUGUCAGUUUGCUACAAUCAGUAUUCCAACAACUGAUGACAUUACAAUGUUACAUAAAAAUCCAAAAUUUGGUGGACCUGUUGAAUCAAGGAAAAAAACUGAAAGAAAAAAAUCAACACCAGAGGUAAAACCUGGAGAGAAACAAACAACUUUGGAAGAAGAGCAAUUGAAGAAACCUGAAGUGAAAGAUCUUCUCAAAUCAUCAAGAAAAAUUAUUGGGUUCAUUGAAACUGGGGGAUUUUCUUUUGUCCAUGCUCAUGGUAUUGGUUUUGGAUAUUGUGCUGUUGUAGGAAUUCAGAAGCUAUUAGUGGAUGCAUGUGAGAACCAUGCUCAACCAAUUGUUCUUGUUAGAGACCAGAAUUCAUUCCAGUAUCGUUUUGCUAUGAUUAAUAUUUUGUGUUAACCAUACCCCUUUCCGUCAAAUACAUUGUAUGUUUAUUCUAAUCGCUGUAUUAAUUGUGUUAAUAACAUAUUGAAAGUAUGCAACAGUAAAUGGAGAAACUGUACAGCUUAUGCUUGCACAAAAGAUUGUCAUGUAUUGGGGGGGGGGGGUUUAGCUUACAACAGAACAUGCACUUUUAUGUAGAAAUUAUGUAUACUUUAAACAUACAACAGCUCUAACUAUAAACUUGAAACAUAAUUCUUGGAAUAAUAUAUAUGAAAAUAUUAUAAAUUGGAUCAAUGAGUAAAUAUACUUGCAUAAAUAUAUAUAUAUAUAUAUAUAUAUGAAAACAUGACCCACAAAUGGACUUUCGACCUAAAAAUAUUGUGAUUUUUGAAAUAUGUAUAAUAAGAAAUACUUUAUACAGUUUUUCCAAGUUUUUGGUUUAAGUUUACCAUUACAAAUUUCUUUAAAAUACAUACUGUAAUAAACUGUAUUAUUUAAUGUGAUAUAUAUGUAUGUAAAUUUUGUUAAUAUUGUGUGUUACAAAACAACUUGCCUGAAUGAACUGUAGAACUUUUAAAGCAGGAAUAUACUUGUCAACAGCAAGAAAAAAAAAAGAUAUCAUGAUAUCUUUUAAGUUCAGGUGCAUUGCAGAAAAUUAGCUGGAAAAGAAAAAAAAAGUAACUAACCAAUUCUUCGUAGAAGAAUAAUGUCCAGUCAGAAGAUCACAAGACUUGAUUGUUUGGAUUGAAAAAAGUGUUUCACUAGAAAGAUACAAAUUCAAAUACUGUUUGUCUUUUUUUUGUGUGUGUAAGCCAAAAUUAAUUAAUUUAGAAAUUACCUAAAGUCAGCUUGGAAUGACAAGUUUGGUACAGGGUAGAAUAAAUAGUCAAAAUCAAAGACUUCAUCAGUAUGACAAAUGUUGUCAUUAAAGGAUAUAUUAACUUUAUUACACAUCUGAAGUAUGAAAAGCAUAAAGAGACAAUAUACACACAUGGAUCUAGCCAAAUCUGUAAGGUAAGGCAGCUUUAGUUUGCUGCAUGUAUGUCUGCUUUGAAAGAUGAAUUGCACAAUUAAAAAGAGCAUGCUAAAUUUCAUUGUAAAGGUUAAGAAAUUGGCAACACAGUAAAGAUUACUUGAUCAAUGUUGAAGAAACACCAACUUGUCAGCUCAAGUAUUGCUAAAAGAUGCAUAUUUAUCUUAGUUAAUAAAAACAGUUGAAAAAUAUAAUUUAAACCCACUGACUGCAGCUGCUCCAAACAGAUGCAGAAUUUUACAAGCCCCAGAGGCAGACCGUACCCCAUAUGGCAAAUCAGUAGUCAAUGGGUUAAGAGAGAGAGACAGUGAAACUUAAAAGUAGCCAUAAAAACAUAAUAAACUAAUGUAUUUUUUUUUAUCAUGCAUGUUGUUAAUAUUGCUUGAUUCUGUGGUUAUAAGCUGAUUAUGUUAUAUAAUUGGUGUUUAUAUCUAUUGUCAGUUAAAUUUCUAAUCUUACCUAGUAUACUCUUUAAUGAUAAACUUAUGUUCACUGAUAAAAACUUGGAUAAAAGCAAUGGUUUUAGGACAGCCUUCCAUGUAUUAUUCUGAUUACAAGUAAAUGCUAGAUAGACAAAUUUCAGACUGUUUAACAACAUUUAUAUUGGAAUAAAAAAAUUUCAUUGCA